AGCACGAAGACACAGUAACAUGUCCCGGCACCGCUGGAGCUGUCGCCAUCGCCUGCGAUGAACUUUCGAGCGAGGCUCUUUGUUAGCUGUGGAGUCAGGAUGCUGCCCCAGCCCUGGCGAGUCUUCUCUCGGGCCGCAGAGGACGUGACGCUGCAAAGGAUCCGCAAGGUCUUGUGCGUGGCCGAGAAGAACGAUGCUGCCAAAGGAAUCGCGGAUCUUCUCUCCAACAGCAGAAUGCGACGGAGAGAAGGUUUUUCCAAGUUCAACAAGAUCUACGAGUAUGACUACCAGAUGUUUGGCCAGAAUGUUACUAUGGUGAUGACAUCCGUGUCAGGACAUUUACUGGCUCAUGAUUUUAAGCUGCCUUUUCGCAAAUGGCAUAGCUGCAACCCCCUAGCACUUUUUGAUGCUGAAAUUGAGAAGUAUUGUCCUGAAAAUUACGUGGAUAUUAAGAGGACCCUCGAACGAGAAGUCCAGCAAUGCCAAGCUCUGGUGAUCUGGACUGACUGUGAUCGGGAAGGAGAGAAUAUUGGUUUUGAAAUCAUUCAUGUCUGCAAAGCUGUAAAGCCAAGCCUCCGGGUUUUCCGAGCUCGUUUCUCCGAGAUCACGCUUCACGCUGUCCGAUCAGCCUGUGAGAAUCUCACCCAGCCAGAUCAAAAAACGAGCGACGCUGUUGAUGUGAGGCAGGAGCUGGACCUCAGGAUAGGUGCUGCCUUCACUAGAUUCCAGACACUGAGGCUCCGGAAAAUUUUUCCUGAUGUUCUAGCAGAUCAGCUGAUCAGCUAUGGUAGCUGCCAGUUCCCAACACUAGGGUUUGUAGUUGAACGCUUUAAAGCCAUCCAGGCCUUUGUUCCUGAAGCUUUCUACAAAAUCAAAGUGACACACGAACAUGAGGACAACACUGUGGUCUUCAACUGGAAGAGGAAUCGUCUCUUUAAUCACACAGCUUGCCUGGUCCUUUACCACAUGUGUAUGGAGAAUCCUGUAGCAACUGUUGCUGAGGUUAUAAGCAAGCCUAAGAGCAAAUGGAGACCUCUGCCUCUGGACACUGUGGAACUUGAGAAGUUGGCUUCCCGUAAACUGAAAAUAAAUGCAAAAGAAACCAUGAGACUAGCAGAAAAACUCUACACUCAAGGGUUCAUAAGCUAUCCCCGAACGGAGACCAACAUUUUCCCCAAGGAGCUCAACCUCUCUGUCUUGGUACAACAGCAGACACAGGACCCAAACUGGGGAGCAUUUGCACAGAGGAUUUUGGAACAGGGUGGGCCAACCCCUCGAAGUGGAACCAAAUCAGACCAGGCUCACCCUCCCAUUCAUCCUACAAAAUACGCUGCUAACCUGCAGGGGAAUGAGCAGAGACUGUACGAAUUCAUCGUGCGCCACUUUUUGGCUUGCUGCUCUCAAGAUGCUAAAGGACAGGAAACAACUGUGGAGAUUGACAUCGCUAACGAGCAAUUCAUGGCUCAAGGACUAAUGAUCUUGGCCCGAAACUAUCUGGAAGUGUAUCCUUAUGAGAAGUGGAGUGAUAAGGUUAUCCCAGUAUAUCAGAAAGGAUCCCGCUUUCAGCCCACCACAGUGGAGAUGGUGGAUGGGGAAACGAGCCCUCCAGCGCUCCUCACCGAAGCAGAUCUCAUUGCUCUCAUGGAGAAGCACGGCAUAGGGACUGAUGCCACUCACGCUGAGCACAUUGAGACCAUUAAGCUGCGGAUGUACGUGGGCCUCACUGCGGAUCAGAGGUUCCUUCCAGGCCACCUGGGCAUGGGGCUGGUUGAAGGCUAUGACUCCAUGGGCUAUGAGAUGUCCAAGCCUGACCUUCGAGCUGAGCUGGAGGCUGACCUGAAGCUGAUCUGUGAGGGGAAGAAAGACAAACUCGUAGUGUUGCAGCAGCAGGUCCAGAAGUACAAGCAAGUCUUCAUCGAGGCUGUGGCUAGAGCCAAUAAAUUGGAUGAAGCCCUGGCUCAGUAUUUUGGACAAGGCACGGAAAUAGCAGAGCAAGAGGAAGUCUACCCGGCAAUGCCUGUUUCCGUUCGGAAGUGCCCACAGUGCAACAACGACAUGGUCCUGAAGACCAAGAAGAACGGCGGGUUCUACCUCAGCUGCACGGGCUAUCCGACUUGUAAAACUGCAGUCUGGUUUCCUGACUUUGUGCUGGACGUGGCCAGGGAUGAGAGUGUCUGCGCUGUGUGCAAACCCCACCCCGUUCACAGAUUGAAAUUUAAGUUCAAGAGAGGCAGCGUCCCACCCACGAUGCCCCUGGAGUUUGUGGGCUGUAUCGGAGGCUGUGAUGAGAUGCUGAAAGAACUCUUGGACCUGAAAUACUCACACAGGGCCUGGUGGUGA